AUGAGAUUUAUUACCCAGAAAGGACCAUUGACAUUCAUGGAUGUGGCAAUAAAAUUUUCUCUGGAAGAGUGGCAAUUCCUGGACACUGCACAGCAGAAUUUAUAUAGGGAUGUGAUGUUAGAGAACUACAGCAACCUAGUCUUCCUGGAUUUAAUCACCUGUCUGGAGCAAGGAAAAGAGCCCUGGAAUAUGAAGAGACAUAAGAUGGUAGCCAAGCCCCCAGUUGUGUGUUCUCAUUUUGCCCAAGACCUUUGGCCAGAGCAGGGCAUAAAAGAUUCUUUUCAAAAAGUAAUACUGAGAAGCUAUGGAAAAUAUGGACAUGACAAUUUACAAUUAAGAAAAGGCUGUGAAAAUGUGGAUGAGUGUAAGAUGCACAAAGGAGGUUAUGAUGAACUUAAGCAAUGUUUGACAACUACCCCAGGCAAAAUAUUUCAAUGUGAUAAAUAUGUAAAAGUCUUUCAUAAAUUUUCAAGUUCAAAUAGCCAUAAGAUAAGACAUACUGGAAAUAAUUCUUUCAAAUGUAAAGAAUGUGACAAAUCAUUUUGCAUGCUUUCACACCUAACUAAACAUGAAAGAAAUCAUACUAGAGUGAAUUGUUACAAAUGUGAAGAAUGUGGCAAAGCCUUUAAUGUGCCCUCAAAGCUUAAUAAUCAUAAGAGAAUUCAUACUGGAGAGAAACCCUACAAAUGUGAAGAAUGUGGCAAAGCCUUUAACAAGUCCUCAAUACUUAACAGACAUAAGAUAAUUCAUACUAAAGAGAAAUCACAAACCUUAAAGAUGUGA